AUGGGGGAUGCUGCAGACGCCAAGGAAAUGAAGAAGACGUUCAUUGUCCCAGCCAUCAAACCGUUUGAUCACUACGAUUUCGCCCGAGCAAAGAUCGCCUGUAAUCUAGCGUGGCUGGUGGCCAAAGCCUUUGGGACAGAAAAUAUACCAGAUGAGCUUCGAGAACCAUUUUAUACAGAUCAGUAUGACCAGGAACAUAUUAAGCCUCCUGUGGUUAAUUUGCUGCUGUCUGCAGAACUUUACUGUCGUGCAGGAAGUCUCAUCCUGAAGAGCGAUGCUGCCAAGCCUCUCCUGGGUCAUGAUGCUGUUAUCCAAGCUUUGGCACAAAAAGGCCUCUAUGUUACCGACCAGGAGAAACUGGUAACAGAGAGAGACUUGCACAAGAAACCUAUUCAGAUGAGCGCUCAUUUGGCUAUGAUUGACACCUUAAUGAUGGCAUAUACUGUAGAAAUGAUCAGUGUGGAAAAAGUUAUUGCAUGUGUACAGCAGUAUUCCUCCUUCUUCCAAGCUACAGACCUGCCCUAUGACAUAGAAGAUGCGGUCAUGUUCUGGAUAAAUAAGGCAAAUGAACACUUAAAGGAUAUAAUGGAACAGGAGCAGAAGCUAAAAGAGCAACAUGGGGCAGAAACUCCGGGAGGUCAAAAGUCUCCUUCCAAGUGGUUUUGGAAACUGGUUCCUGCCCGAUACCGGAAGGAACAGACUUUACUUAAGCAGCUGCCUUGUGUUCCCUUGGUGGAAAAUUUGCUGAAAGAUGGCAGAGAUGGAUGUGCUUUGGCUGCUCUGAUCCAUUUUUACUGCCCAGAGAUUGUUAGAUUAGAGGAUAUCUGUUUGAAGGAAACCAUGUCACUGGCUGACAGUUUGUACAAUCUGCAACUGAUCCAGGAAUUUUGUCAGGAAUACUUAAACCAAUGUUGCCAUUUUGCACUGGAAGAUAUGUUGUAUGCUGCUUCUUCAGUAAAGAGUAAUUAUUUAGUGUUCAUGGCAGAGCUGUUCUGGUGGUUUGAAGUGGUGAAGCCAUCAUUUGUCCAGCCUCGAGUUGUAGGUCAUCCUCAAGCUGAACCUUCAAAGGAAGCAUCUUCUGUUCCUCCUACAAAUGCCAAUCAAAGAAGUUACCCAGGUGUUUUGCAUGGUUCUGAUCUUAUAAGCAGUGUGGGGACUUCAGCUUUUAUACCAUCUCAUCAGAUUCCUCCUCCAGGGCUCACGCAGCAACAACCUUACUCAUCAGUCCCAGGCGGCAUUAAAAGAUCGACAUCUAUGUCCUACGUGGAUGGGUAUGUAGGGACGUGGCCCAAAGAAAAAAGGUCUUCGGUCCAUGGGGUUUCAUUUGACAUUUCUUUUGAUAAAGAAGACAGCAUCCGUAUGACACCUCCAAACAGAGGAAUUACGAGAUCUAUUAGUAAUGAAGGACUUGUGCAGAAUACUAACCACAUGCCCAGACACAUCAAAAGGAAUAUAUCUUUCAAGCCUCUGGAUGAUGAAGAGGACAGUGAAGAUUCUGAAGCAGAAAAAGAUGUAGAAUUUUGCAGUGAUCUAGAAGCAGACAGCAAUCAAAGAAAUGCCAACCAGGUUAACACAUACACCUUACCAAAUGGAGCAUUGCAAAACAGGUUGGUUACUGAUGAAUUUGGCAAUCAAAUUGAGACACCCAGCAUUGAACAGGCUUUGCACAUUAUCCAUCAUAAUGAGAAAUCUGCUCACAUUACUCCACCAGCACAAUUUACAAAUGGGUUUUUCCUUCACAACAAAGAGAUGAGCAUCCUAAACUCAAACAUGACACCUAAUCAAAGUAGCCCUGAUAUUAUUGCAGAUACAAAAGGUGCCCUCAGUCCUGUUACUGAUAACACAGAAGUAGACACUGGAAUACAUGUCCCAUCAGACAUUCCAGAGACUAUGGAUGAAGAUUCUACUUUAAGGGAUUAUACAGUCAGCCUGGAUUCUGAUCUGGAAGAAUCAUCUCGCUUUCCGCAUGAAUCUGACAGCAGAGGCAUCAACUAUAAGGAGCAACUGAGUCCUUGUCCAAGCUCAAUAAGUACUAAAUCUCAAGCUGGCAGUAGUCCAUCUUCAAGUUCAGGAGUUAGAAUGACCAGCUUUGCAGAGCAGAAAUUUAAAAAGAUGAAUCAUACCGACAGCAGAAGCAGUGGAAGCAGUUCUCAGAAAACCACUCCCGAAGGUUCGGAGAUGAACAUUCCACACAUUGUUUCUUGGGCUCAAAUCCCAGAGGAAUCCCCUCUCCCUCAGGGAAGGGACACAACACAGUUGCUAGCUUCUGAAAUGGUGCAACUGAAGAUGAAACUGGAAGAGAAGAGGCGAGCGAUUGAAGCCCAGAAGAAGAAGGUUGAGGCAGCGUUCACAAAACAGAGACAAAAAAUGGGAAGAACAGCAUUCCUUAAUGUUGUGAAAAAGAAAAAUGAUGGGAUUUCACCACUUCGGGAAGAAGCAGCUGGAGCAGAGGGUGAGAAAGUGUUUACUGACAACAGUGGGGUGAAAGAAAAAGAAAACCAAAAGCCGGGUGAACAACUGAACAAGACUUCUGAGGCCCUGAAAGUAAGCACUGAAACUCCCUCAACGAUGUGGCUGAAGCCACCAAACACCCCAGGCGAUGCUGAGAAGCAGUCUAAUUUGGUAAGUCCUUCUGAAGAGAAUUUAAAUGAAGGUGACCUUUUAGAAUAUACAAAAUCCAUCGAGAAGCUCAACUCUUCUCUACAUUUCCUGCAACAGGAAAUGCAACGCCUGUCACUUCAGCAAGAGAUGCUACUGCAGAUGAGGGAACAGCAAGCAUGGGUUAUUUCACCUCCUCAACCUUCUCCUCAAAAACAAAUUCGGGAAUUGAAGCCUUCGGCAAGGCUUAGCGGAUCAUCAUCUCCCGUUGUCCCAUUUUCAGUAGAAACGCCUCGGCCUUCCCAACAAUCCCCACAGACAUCUUCUAGGAAGAAUUCAUCUCUCCCAGGUAAAAUACAAAGGACUCCAAGGCCAAAUGAACUGAAAAUUACACCUUUGAAUCGCACUUUGACUGCCCCGCGAUCUGUUGAUAGCCUCCCACGGUUGAGAAGAUUUUCUCCAAGCCAGAUUCAGACUAGAUCUUUUGUUUGUUUUGGGGAUGAUGGUGAAAAGAAGCCUCAAACUGAGGUAAAAAACACGACCGAAGAGGUUGCUGACAAGGAAGAAGCAGGUGAAAAGGAUGGCGAGAAGCAAGAAACUGAAGGGAAAGUUGAGCAAAAAUCAGAAGAACAGAUCAGACCUCUGGAAUCCACGGUUUCUGAAGUAUUGUCACAGCCUGUUACAGAAAUUGUCUGCCUUACUCCAAACGAAGAACCUUUAAAUCCACCAGUGUUGCCCCCACCUGCAUCUAAGACUGUUAGCCUCAUAGAAGUUUCUCUCACAGAUUUGAAGCCACCAGAGAAGUUAGAAGACUCAAUUGAAAAAUCAGAGGGUGAGAGUGACAAAGAACAACCAGAGGAUGACCAGAAAGUAUGCUGUGGAUUCUUCUUCAAGGAUGAUCAAAAACCAGAAAAUGACAUGGCCGUGAAACGGGCAGCAUUAUUGGAGAAGCGAUUGAGGAGAGAAAGAGAAACUUUACUUCGAAAGCAGCAAUUGGAAGCAGAGAUGGAGCAUAAGAAAGAAGAAACAAAGAGGAAGUCUGAGGAAGAACGUCAGAAGAAGGAAGACGAAAGAGCACGGCGAGACUUUAUUAAGCAGGAAUAUAUGAGGCGAAAGCAACUGAAACUAAUGGAAGACAUGGACCUUGUCUUAAAGCAUCGCCCUCAUUUUUCCAAACAAAAGAAGGCACGUCCAAAAUCCAUUCAUAGGGAUCACAUUGAGUCACCUAAAACACCAAUCAAAGGUCCUCCAGUAUCAAGUCUUUCCCUUGCAUCAUUAAACACAGCAGACAAUGAGAGCGUGCAAUCAGGCAAGAGGACACCAAGAUCUGAGUCUGUGGAAGGAUUCUUAUCUCCAAGUUGUUGUGGUAGUCGUAAUGGGGAAAAAGACUGGGAAAAUGCAUCAACUACUUCUUCAGUAGCGUCUGCUACAGAAUAUACAGGACCAAAGCUCUACAAAGAACCCAGUGCAAAAUCCAAUAAGCACAUCAUCCAAAAUGCACUUGCCCAUUGUUGUCUGGCUGGAAAAGUAAAUGAAGGACAGAAGAAUAAAAUACUAGAGGAAAUGGAGAAAUCAGAUGCCAACAACUUCCUAAUCCUCUUCCGGGACUCCGGCUGCCAGUUCCGAUCUUUAUAUACAUACUGCCCUGAAACUGAAGAGAUCACUAAACUGACUGGGAUAGGCCCCAGAUCAAUCACUAAGAGAAUGAUCGAAAGUCUCUAUAAGUAUAACUCUGACAGGAAGCAGUUUAGCCACAUACCUGCAAAGACACUCUCUGCAAGCGUUGAUGCAAUUACCAUUCACAGCCAUUUAUGGCAGAGCAAGAGACCAGUAACACCCAAAAAGCUCUCAUCUUCAAAGACAUAGCUACCUGUGGGAAGUUAUUUCUUGCUUUAGGCAAGAAACUGUGGCAAACUUGCACUUCAUUAUUCACGGUCUGUUACUAAAUAGACUCCGAUUUGGUAACAAGGCUC